UUUUUUAACGCGUGCAGGGGGGAGAUAUUUUGGAUUAUUUUAAUCCCUUUAAAUGAUGCUGCCCACCCGGUGCUGAUUCAGGGUGUGACAGCUGGAGGCAGGAACACCUCAGGAACGCUCACUAACAAGUGAAAGGCCAGACUGGACAGCUUGAUGGUGGCAAUAAGCUAAACUAAACAGACCCAAACCGAGGCCGAGAUGAAAUUACGACUGCGAUUUAGGAUCACCCUGGUCUUGGUCAUCCUCGCCUUGACUCUUUCCGGAGAGACGGUGGAAGCGCAGAGGGCAGGAUGUAAAAAUGUCCACUACGACUUAGCGUUUAUCCUUGAUACGUCCUCCAGUGUCGGAAGAGAGAACUUUGAGAAGAUCAAACAAUGGGUGUCCAACAUUGUAGACUCUUUCGAUGUGGCACCGGACAAGACCAGAGUCGCCGUGGUUCUCUACAGUGACAAACCCACCACUGAGUUCACGCUGAGUAAACACAGGACCUUGGAGGAUGUGAAGCAGGCUGCGCGUGCCAUACGCUACAAGGCGGGAAAUACGAUGACCGGGGAUGCUAUCAGCUACACCACCAACAACAUCUUCACAGAGCGGAACGGAGCCAGGCCCACAGCCAGAGGCAUUCAGAGGGUGGCCAUCCUUCUCACAGAUGGUCUAAGCCAGGAUUAUGUUCUGGAGCCGUCCAAAGAGGCUGCCAGAGCCGGCAUCAGGAUGUUCGCCGUGGGUAUCGGAGAGGCGUUGAAGGUGGAGCUGGAGGAGAUUGCGGCUGAGCCAAAGAAUGCCCACGUCUUCCAUGUGACGGACUUCAAUGCCAUCGACAAGAUCAGAGGCAGGCUGAGGAGGAGACUGUGCGAGAAUGUCCUGUGUCCAAACAUGAAAGUUCAACCUGACCGGUUUAAGCCCAACAGCACCAGUUAUGGUCUUGAAGAAGUUCCAGGGUUCGACCUGAUGGAGUUCUUCAACGUGAAAGAUAUUCUGGGGACCAGAGUUGAUGAAGGCCAGAGUGCUUAUGUCCGUCUCGGCACCAUGCCCAUCGUACAGCAGACAGAGGAUGUGUUUCCUCAGGGUUUACCGGAUGAAUACGCCUUUGUGACGACGUUCAAAUUCAGGAAAACCUCAAGACGGGAAGACUGGUACCUCUGGCAGGUCUUUGACAAAUAUGGAAUCCCACAGGUGUCCAUCCGUCUGGACGGCGAGAACAAGGCGGUGGAGUACAAUGCCGUCGGACUGACAAAGGACGCGGUCCGAGCGGUGUUCAAGAACCCCGAGGUGGACCACCUGUUCGACCGCAACUGGCACAAGAUCGCCAUGAGCGUGGAGGCCAAGUCCGUGUCCCUGUACCUGGACUGCAAACUCAUCCAGACUCUGCCCCUCGAGGACCGGGAGGACAUCGACAUCCAGGGGAAGACGGUGAUCGGGAAGAGGCUGUACGACAGCGUGCCGAUCGAUUUUGACCUCCAGAGGAUGAUGAUCUACUGUGACUCCAAGCAUGCAGAGCUGGAAACCUGCUGUGAUAUUCCCGGUGGACCUUGCCCUAAGAAAGUGGUGACAGAGGCCCCCCCUCUGGAGAUCCCCACUCCAACACCGACUGCAGUGGAGCAGAAAAGAGGCCCUGAAGUGAACUGCUCGUGCCCACCAGGAGGAAAGGGAGAUAUCGGUGUGCCCGGUGUUGCAGGACCUAAGGGUGAAAAGGGUGACUCUGGCCUUAAGGGCGCCGUCGGAACGUCAGGAGUCAAAGGAUCAAAAGGAGAAGCUGGCAAAGUAAUCUCUGUCAAAGGUGGCAGAGGUGACAAGGGUGAUUCAGGCAGGAUAGGGUUGACAGGUGCUCCUGGACAAAAAGGAGAGAAGGGGCUUGGUGGUAUGCCAGGUAUCGAUGGCUUAUCUGGAGACAAAGGAGACAAGGGCGCAGCAGGACUGGCUGGUGAUGCGGGGCUGCCGGGUCCAGCUGGACCAAAGGGAUUUCAAGGGGAUGAAGGAACUCCUGGGUCACCGGGACCACAGGGUGUCUCUGGUGAAUCGGGAACAAGGGGUGAAAAAGGAAGUACAGGAUCCAAGGGCGAGGCAGGUUUCGACGGAUUCCCUGGCAAAACUGGUGUUCCUGGAAAAGAUGGAGUGAGAGGACUGGCUGGUUCAUCUGGGCCCGCCGGACUUAAAGGCGUCAAGGGGGAGAGAGGCCUUCCCGGAUUACCUGGGGAUGUGGUUCAAAGAGAAGGCUUACGGGGUGAAAAGGGAGAAUCUGGACCUCCUGGGCCUCCAGGGCCGCAGGGUCCCCAGGGGCCUCAGGGUCCUCAGGGGAUAAAAGGGCAAACCGGGAACCCUGGGGAGUUCGGUCUGAGGGGAAAGAAAGGUGAAAAUGGAUUGCAUGGAGUGGACGGUCUCCCUGGCCCCCCUGGUCCUCAGGGUCCAGCAGGAACCCCAGGGCACACUGGACCUCCUGGUCUACCUGGUGAGCUCGGAUUUUCAGGCAAACACGGGGAGCCAGGAAAGGCUGGUGUUGCUGGUAAAGAGGGACUGGACGGUGUUCCUGGAAACGACGGUGCCAUGGGGCCCAGGGGAGAGCGGGGAACAGAUGGUUUUCCAGGCAAAGACGGAUCCAAGGGUGAAGACGGGCCUCCGGGGCCCAGAGGACCUCCAGGGGAGAGAGGAGUGUCUGGUACCCCCGGUCAACAGGGUGUGGUCGGAGGGAGAGGAGACAGAGGUGUCCCGGGCGAAAGGGGACCGUUUGGACCAAUUGGGCCAAAAGGAGACAAAGGAGACCAGGGUGAAGUAGGAGCGACGGGAAAACCUGGUGUUCCGGGAGAUGUUGCAAAUGUGAUCCCUGAGCCUGGUGAACCUGGAAAGCCUGGAGAGAAAGGAGAGAAGGGGGACGAAGGAAACCCAGGACCCAUGGGUCAGAGAGGGCUUCCUGGUGAACAAGGCUUUAAGGGACCAGCUGGGUUAGCGGGUCCAAAGGGUGAGAGUGGGUUGAUGGGAGAGACCGGACGUGUUGGAGACCCUGGUCCGCCUGGCAUAGCUGGUCCUCAGGGUCUUCGUGGGUUACCAGGGAAUGUGGGCAUUCCCGGGAUCAUCGGGCCUCCGGGUCCAGCUGGACAGAGAGGAGACAAGGGCGAAGCAGGAAAACCAGGGCAAUCAGGUCCCGCAGGCCCAGCAGGAGACCCCGGUCUGACCGGACCCCCCGGACCACCAGGGAAGGGGAAAGAGGGACAAAAUGGGGAUCCAGGACCACAGGGAAUUCAAGGACCCCCAGGGCCAAAGGGCCAAACCGGGUCACGAGGAGAACCGGGGACACCAGGGGACAGGGGCUCUGCAGGAGAGGGCAAAGUGGGACAACAGGGGCCUGCGGGAAAAGAUGGACAACAUGGACCUCCGGGUUUGAGGGGUCUACCAGGAGUCGCUGGUCCUAUGGGCCCAGCAGGACAUAAUGGUUUACCAGGACGGCCGGGAGACAAGGGAUCACAAGGAGAGCCUGGAAAGGCAGCAGACCUCUCUGACCUGAAUCUGAAGGAUGUUUGCUCAGACUGCCCUGCAGGCCCACCUGGAGCCCCCGGUCUCCCAGGAGUCCCCGGGGACAAAGGACAACUGGGACCUCCGGGGAAAGAUGGUCAAGAUGGUUAUCAAGGCUCACCGGGAACAGCUGGACCUCAAGGGCCCCCUGGAGCCGACGGAGCAAAGGGUAUAAAAGGUGAUCGAGGACCCCCUGGGGGCGCUGGAGACAAAGGAGACAAGGGUCACCCGGGACCCCCAGGUCACCCAGGUGCUGCUGGUAUAAUGGGAACACCUGGUAACGACGGUCAGCCUGGCGCUGUCGGCCCCCCGGGGUCCCCUGGAGAAAAGGGCAAAGAGGGUCUCAAAGGAAUCCAGGGACCACCGGGUCUCCCUGGCUUGAUCGGUGAGCCUGGAAAAAUGGGAAAAGAUGGGAGACCAGGAGAAACUGGAGAAUCUGGCAAGCAAGGUGAACCUGGACUUCAAGGAAACCAGGGACUCAGGGGACUACCGGGCUUUAAGGGCCACCGAGGAGAACCUGGAGCUUCAGGAAACAAGGGAGAGGAUGGGAAGCCUGGAUCUGCUGGGCGUGAUGGCAAACCUGGAAAGGAGGGCUCUAUGGGAACUCCAGGCAGAGAAGGACUGAGUGGACCAAGAGGAGAGCCGGGCAAGCCAGGUGAACCAGGUCCAUCAGGGAAGUCAGGUCUCCCUGGAACUCCUGGUACCAGGGGAGACAAGGGAGAGCCCGGCAACCCCGGAUUACCAGGGUUUAGUGGCCCUAAAGGCCCUUCGGGUCCACCUGGUCCAGUCGGCCCAGAGGGAAAACAGGGGAUGCCAGGCAGAGUUGGUGAUCGUGGUCUCAAAGGAGAAAAGGGAGACGGUGGUACAAAGGGAGAUAAGGGACAUUCAGGAGAGCCAGGUAUGCCUGGAAACCCCGGACCCCCCGGCAGGAAGGGCCACACGGGGAUGAUGGGCAUGUCGGGACCCCAGGGAGAAAUGGGCGCUCCUGGGUCACAAGGACCUUCAGGAAACCCCGGAGUCCCCGGCCAGAGGGGAGAGUCGGUAUCACUGGAGCAGAUGAGACGCCUCAUCCAGGAGGAGCUGUCCAAACAGUUAGAUGCCAAAAUGGCCUACCUAAUGGCUCAGAUGCAGCCGGCCCACGUGAAGAGUACUGCAGGCCGCCCGGGACCCCCUGGUCCUUCAGGAAAAGAUGGAUCCGGUGGACGACCCGGCCCCCCUGGAGAGCCCGGUAUGCCUGGACAGAACGGAGGAGAAGGACCCAGGGGACCCAUGGGCCCUAAAGGUGAGAAAGGCGGAAGAGGAGAAAAGGGCGAAACUGGAGUCGGCGAUAGAGGAGAGCAAGGACCCGUCGGCCCCAUAGGUCCAGCUGGUCUGCCUGGUUAUGGUAAAGACGGAAGCCCAGGACAGGCCGGGACCCAGGGAGAGCCAGGGAACCCCGGCCCCCAUGGUCAGACUGGCCCUCCAGGCCCUACUGGCCAAUGUGACCCGACCCAGUGUGCCUACUACGCCAGCCUGGCACAAAGACCCCACACCAAAAAUGUCAAGGGGACUUAAAAAAAAAAAGCAGAGACACAAAGAGCUUGAAGUCCGGCUGUAUUUAUGAACUUGGUCUGAAUCAAGAACUUUUUCAAGAUAACCGAAGUACGGCGGGCUGAAGCAAUAUGUGCUGCUAGAUUAUUUGUUUUGUUUGUUUUUGGUAAAAAAAACUUGGGGGAUUAAGCAUCGAGGGACUUUUUCACAUUUAAUAUGGGGGUAAAGAGGGCAGCUAACCCGUUUGCUUCCUGUAGGGAGAUAACAGUGAUGCAAUUCCCUCCUCUUAAACCCCAUAUCAAGAGGUAAGAUUCGGGAGUCUGACAUCGCAGCGUUACAUCCGUUAUCAUGUAAAAAGUUCAGCUUUUCUGCGAUUUCUUGCAGGAAAAUGUCUGCACCAUGGGUUUUUCUUUUUUUGCCUUACACCAUUUUGCAUCACUUACCAUUCACAGCCCACACUGUCCUACAUUAAGCAAUAGCUGUCAGUUGCUGCUCACUAAAUUGAUCUCUUGCUAUGAGUCUAUUGGUAAUUACUCAGCCAGGGGAAAUAUCUGUUCUAUUGUUGCUGAUGGCAAAGGGGGAGGACAGACUGACUUAAAUUAAAAUAGUGAGUUUGCGUAGGAGUGUUAACGAGUUAGCGUCAAGAGUGAUGAAUGACCAGUUUUAUUCACUUCUUGCUUCCAAGCAGUGAAGUUAUUUGGCCUCGUUUUGCAUCUAAAACCAUGUAGAAAAAGACCCACUCCGCUUUUAAAAGUUGAAUAUAGUUUUAUUCCGGGAAAAAAAUGGAAGCAUCAGAUAUUGCCUCUGUCACAACUCAUGAAUUAAAUCCUUGGAAAUGUUUGUGGGAAGGGUUUGCAGGCUUUCAUUCCACAAUUCAAUUAGUUUGCCUUAAGAAAAUGCUGCACUCAACCCACACUAUCAAUCAUAUUGUGUGAGUUUGUAUAAUUGAAAGGUAGAUAUCUAAAUUUGAAGUGUAAGUCAUUUGAAUUCUGUGCAAAACGAUCAUAAAAUCUUUGCAUUAUUUUUUAACAUCCACAUAGUUAAAAUGACUAAAGUUGACACAGAAAGAAAUGUCUUUUGUUAGAUUUGUACUUUUUUGUGUAAUGAAGUGGCUCUGGUCUUUCUCUUUCUGUGGGUGUGCAUACCCGGAGCAGUAAACAGCUUUGAGGAGGUGGUAUAAUUGCAGCCUUUGUUCACCUUUCUUGAAAAGCUGCUUGUUUCUCACCGCUUUCUCUAAAUGUGUCACUUCCUUUUGGUCCGGUGAGGCUUAUAAAGUGCCUGAGCUGUGGCAGUUCUGUAUAGACUUUGCUUUUUCUUUUUUUUUUGUCCCUGGAACCUAAAAUUGGAGAGUUGCUUCUCUGCAUCUUGAUGACCAGACCUUUGUGGUAACCAUUUGAAAGAUGUUUGGCCUUUUUCGUCCCUCAUGGACCAAUUACACCUCUCCCCAAAACUCAUUUGUGCUGCUCAUCUAGAACUUAUUAAAUAGCCUCUAUCCUUUUAUAAAUACAAAUACAACAUAAGAGCAAAUGUGAAAUGGGGGAGCAAUCUCCAAGAAGAUGAUAUAGACUUUUUAUACCUUGUCAAACAGUGUGACUAACUGCUCAAAGUUGAUCUUUAUAUUAGACACGCAUAGGCUACUCAUUUUUACUUGCACAAGUUACCAAAUGUAAGGUGACCAAUAAAAAGUUACUCUGAAACCACUUAGUUUUGAAGAUGUUGGUAAAGCAGAUUGGAGUGUUUGUUCUCCUUUUGAUGCAGUAGCUAUUUGUUGAUUUAAAGCUAGGCUACGUAGUCCCUAAAAAAGCUCAAUUCAGGAUCAAUAAAAUGCACCCUUACAAAAGUUGGUAACGACAAGCCUCCCUUGAUGUGAUACAACCAUUAGCUAAUGGUGGCUAAUAAUAGCUAACGUUAACUCAUAGAGGCUAAAAAACUAAAAGCUUAUCUUAGCUCAUGGUAGCUAAUAAAGGCUAGUGUUAGAUCAUGUUGGCUAAUGUGAGCUCAGUAUGGCUAAUAAAGGCUAGUGUUAGCUAAUGGUGGCUACUCGUGGAGGCUAAAAACAAAGCUUAUCUUAGCUCAUGGUAGCUAAUAAAGGCUAGUGUUAGCUUAUGGUGGCUAUUAAAAGCUUAUCUUAGCUCAUAGUGGCUAUUAAAGGCUAGUGUUAGCUAAUGGUGGCUAAUGUGAGCUCAGUAUGGCUAGUAAAGGCUAGUGUUAGCUAAUGGUGGCUAAUAAAAGCUAAUGUUAACUCAUGGAGGCUAAAACCAAAGCUUAUUUUAGCUCAUGGUAGCUAAUAAAGGCUAGUGUUGGAUCAGUAUGGCUAUUAAAGGCUAGUGUUGGAUCAUGUUGGCUAAUGUGAGCUCAGUAUGGCUAAUAAAAGCUACUGUUAGCUCACGUUGGCUCGUAGAUUAACAUUUAUUACUAUUACCUUUAUCCCCAGGUAGAUGGUUUUUAUUACUUUUGAGCAGCUCUGCCUCUUAGAAAUGUCCUUUUAUUGGUGAAUGUUUGUAGCUACAGCAAAAUAGAUGUGCUUCGUGGAAGUAUUGAUGAGCUGCUUGAAAUGCAAUGUACACAUUUACAGUCGCUUCAGUGUACGAUCUUAAAUGUGUGAUUAGAAUAAAUGACCUGCUCUGCCAAUGGUAUCAUGUCCUGUAAUAUAUAGGAGCUUCUUUGACAAUAGUUUCUUAUUGAACAAUUUAAACCGUAUCAGUAUUGCCCUUUUUUUGGUUGUGUAAAUGCUUCUAACAGUUACCAAUAGACUAUGAGUUAUAGGGUGGGAUGGUUAGAUGCUGCACACAGCUUCAGAUUUUGCAAUGCAUAUAAGCCAAACAGCAUUCAUUAUUUUAAAUUAGCAUGUUCUAGCUAAUUUCAAGGUCUUUUUUAAGUUAUAACGCUAAAUUAUUCACGAUUUGAACCAUUAAAAAUGUGUUUUAACACAUUAAUUAAACUGUAUUAACCUGUUUUUUCAACCUUAUUGUCCUUAUGAUUGGUGCUAAGAUAUGUUAGAGUAGUAGCAUAUUGUAAGUAUUUGAAAGACACAUGUACUGUACUGUAUAAUAAAGACUGGAAAUGAUUCAUUUUAUA